AUCGCAACUGUCGUGGCCACAGUGGUAGCCUACAAAAAUGUUGCAUAAACUAUUAAUAGUUGUUUUCCUCGUUGUUUGUCUACAUGACAUGCGAUUAAAUGGGCAGAAAAAGAAGGAAACCCUGCUUUCAGAAAAGGUCAGUCAGAUGAUGGAGUGGGUCAGUAAGCGUGCAGUGGUCCGGCUGAAUGGAGAAAAAUUCAAGAGAUUGGUUCGAGCUCAUCCACGAAACUAUUCUGUCAUCGUCAUGUUCACAGCUCUUCAGCCACAGAGACAGUGUGGAGUCUGCAGACAGGCGGAUGAAGAGUACCAGAUCCUUGCAAACUCUUGGCGGUAUUCGAGUGCAUUUACUAACAGGAUUUUCUUUGCAAUGGUGGAUUUUGAUGAAGGUUCAGAUGUUUUCCAGAUGCUCAACAUGAAUUCUGCUCCAACAUUCAUCAACUUUCCAGCAAAAGGCAAACCUAAGCGUGCAGAUACAUAUGAACUACAGGUUCGGGGCUUUGCAGCCGAGCAGUUGGCUCGAUGGGUGGCUGACCGAACAGAUGUUCAUAUUCGGGUGAUCAGGCCUCCUAACUAUGCUGGACCACUGAUGCUGGGUUUGCUGCUGGCUUUUAUCGGCAGUCUGGCUUACUUGCGCCGCAAUAACCUGGAGUUCCUAUUUAAUAAGAAUGUCUGGGCUUUUUCUGCACUGUGUUUUGUUUUGAUCAUGACAUCAGGUCAAAUGUGGAACCACAUAAGAGGACCUCCAUAUGCACACAAGAACCCCAACACCGGCCAAGUGAGUUACAUCCAUGGCAGCAGCCAGGCCCAGUUUGUGGCAGAGACUCACAUUGUUCUUCUCUUCAAUGCAGCAGUGACCAUAGGAAUGGUGCUGCUUCAUGAGGCUGCUACCUCUGGCCUGGACAUUGUAAAAAGGAAAAUUAUGUGUGUAGCAGGAAUCGGACUGGUGGUGCUGUUUUUCAGUUGGCUGCUGUCUGUAUUUAGGGCCAAAUAUCAUGGAUAUCCUUAUAGCUUCCUGUUUGGUUGAGUGAAGGUCUUUGGAGAAACUUCAUCAAAUACAAAUAUUAAGUGCCUUAAUGUUUAAUAUGAGUGAUUGAUCUGGUAAAGUUCAGCUUGACUCUGUAUGUGCCUUUUUUCUGUUUUUAUUUGUGUACAUUACAGAUUACAUUGUUAAAAUUUGAAUAAGUUUGUCAUCAAAAUUUUUUAUUUCUCUCCCUAAGUGGUCUGGUGUCUCCCUAAGGGUAAUGUGGUGUCGGUUAACAAGUGACAAACUGAAGCAGAUGCACUGUAUGGCAAUAGCAUUACUUGUUAAUGAAAUGUACCGUUGGAUUUGAUGAAAGAAAAUGCAUUGAUGUGGAAGAUAAAAAAAAGACAAGUGAGAUGUAUUCAAUUCUACCUCAUUGAUGUGCAAAUCAAGUGUCCAAAGUCAAAUAAAAGUUAGGAUAGCUUCUAAAGUAAUUCAGUAUGAGAUGGAAGGAAAUCUCAGGUUUAAUUAGUGUCUUUAUUGUGGUGUUUGCUCUUGUCCUGCCUCAGGUGAUUUCUCAAGAUUUCUGCCAUUAAAAGUGCCUUGAUUUCUUCUAAA